ACAGACAAUUUCAAUUGAAUUCGAACGUGCCUUUUCGGAUAAUCGUUAUUAGCUGUGAUCGACGUCGGAAAUCAAUUCAGUGAAAAAAACAUGGCUUGCAACCAGAGGCUUUUCCUAUUCACAAUAUGCACUCUACAGUUGAUCUCAACAAUAGAAAGACAAGUAUUUGAUCUGCUUGGCUACCAGUGGUUGCCUAUUGCAGCCAACUUUCUUCACAUCAUCUUCAUCAUAAUUGGAUUCUUUGGUGGUUACCAGUACAGGAGAAGCUAUCUCAUUACAUUUGCUGUGUGGCUGUUUUUGUGGUUAGCAUGGAACCUUUUUAUCAUCUGCUUCUACCUCGAUGUUGGCGUUCUAGAUAAGGAUAGUGAUGUGCUCAAUCUCGGAACGGGUGCCGCUUCAUGGUGGGAAGUUAAUGGAAUUGGAUGCCGACCUUAUUUUACCGUCAACGGAUCAUUGGCCACACCACUACACAUUAAUGUUCAAUUGGCCGAUGUUCUCCGGCCACCUCGUCCCGAUUGGGUUGACGGCUGCCUUCUCAACUAUUAUUACGUCGAAGUUAUUCAUGCUGCUGUGCAGUUGAUUUUAGCGCCGAUUGCUUUCUUGAGCGCAGUGCUGAUCUUACGAACGUACACAACUGAAGAAGAAAUGUAUGUUCAACGUAAGCCUCGUAGUAGAGCCACCUCCCUGUAUUCAGUUCAAUACAGUUCCACGCGUGGCCGGAGUUCGCCGUUGGAGGACGACAUGGAGUUGAAUGCCCAACAAUUGAACACGUUGACGAUCAACAACAGCAACGAUCCUAAUCGGCCAAUGACUCCUCGGCGAGUUAAACGGCGAAGCGGAAGAGGCAGUGGGCGUCAUCCCCGGAGCAGCCAGAGAAAUCGUGCCAACACCAACCCUGCUGGGUACAGCACAGGAACGUCCGUGUCGGUCGGCAUGGUUAACGAAGGCUACAGCAGUGGGACGUUAUCAAGAGAAGUUCAAAAUGGAACUCUCACCUCACAGCGAAGUAACGGCCGAGAAUCUCUCCGGAAGAAACGUUACGUCAAUCCCGUCAAUAGGUUAAUGGACGAAUCGUCAACGUCUAACGAUUCUAUGCCAGCUUUGCCGGCCUAUUUCCCGUCAUCUCAUCCCAAUGGUGGUUACCCACCACCUCCGCCAGUAAACCGUGAUCGGUUACCCAGCCGUUCUGGACCGCCGCCUCCUAGUCGGCCACCAGCGCAUCUGCCUCCGCAUCCUGCUGGUCAUUCAAAUCCGCUUUACCAAAGUUCCCGACCGAAUUCAGUCUACUCCGUUUCAGCAAACGUCGAUCUCGACUACCGGCCACCUUCUGCUCAUUCGAGCUACUCGAAUUGGCACGGUCAGCGAAGUGCUAUGCCGUUGCCGGCCAAUGGGCAUACAAGCAACAAUUUACAUGGCCACUCGCCGACACCCAGUACAGCCACAACCACCAAUGUUUCAACAUUUGGCGUUCAAUCCAACACGUAUGAUGUAGGAAAAUUGUCCAGCGUCAACGGAUACUCCCGGUCAGCAGCUCACCACCAGAAUAACUACGGAUCGAGAAACGGAUAUGAUCAAGAUCAUUACUGAUAGUGUUGGUUGAAGCCAUGAUUUAAAAAAUGCCAAGGAUUCAGAGGAUCUCUCUGCAAUCAUUGCCCACUCAUUCCAGUCUGUCGCCAUUGUCCUUUGUGGACUCGAUUCCAAAUGGAACUUACCUUUUUCUCCCAUUGUACAUACUGUAGAAUGACAUUCCGACCAGAACCGGAGAGAAUCUUCAAAUGUCUCGUAUUUGUGUAAUCUCUUUGAUUGUGUUUUUUAGAAAAUAUCUCUGUUUCUCUUGUUUUUAAUGAAAAAACGUUCAUCAUUUUUUGUGUCUAGGAAAAGAUCCAACCCCAAAAGUCGCCUUCUUAACGGUAAUUCGGGUGUGCUGUAGAAAAGAAUUGUCUCGUUAAAUUUUCUUUUCUUGAAUCAUGUAACAUGAUAGCGUCAAUCAAUCGCCAUUGUGUGUGUGUGUGUGCCUUUCAUCGGUGAAGAUAUGAUGAGGCCUUUAACGCCAUUAAACCAAUUCGUGUCUCAUUUUCUAACUAUACGUUCCACGCUCGAUUUGCCCGUCCAUCGACCUUUUCAUCUUUUUCUUUUUUCGAAAGAAUACAAUUAUACUUUUGAAGCCUUAA